UGGUCCAGUUGUUGUUGUGGUGGUUGUCAUGGGCGGCCAGUCAGUAAGCGGUUUUCGGCCUGGUUUUGUGGUGGUGUUGUAGAUGGGCUAUGUGCCAGUGAAAAGGGCCCAGGGUCGGCCUGCACCGGUGUCCAGUGAAAGGAUCGGGCCGAGGUCUGACUGAAGGAGGAGCCUGGGAUUUGCUAAGGUUUAUCUGCACCCUGACACUUUUGUGCCGGGCCUGGAGGGCAGGCAGACUGAGGGCGGUAACGCUGUUCCAGGCGGAGAGCCUGCUCCAAGUUAAUGGAUCGGCACCAUUUCAUUGUGGGAGCAGGCAGGCAGUCAGGGGAUGGAUUUGGUAUCAUCAGAGGGUGAAACAUUUUUGAAUUGAUUACAUUGGAAAACUAUUAAUUUAAAGAAACUGAUCGACAUAAUGCCAUUAAUAGAACACACAUGCGAUGGCUUACAUCUGAAAACAUGCGGCAUCAAUGCUUGCUGCUGGCUGUGUGUGGAUGGGCAGUUUUCAUGUUGCUGUUUGUCAGUAAAUUUAUUACUUUAAGUCUCAGAGAUAAAGAAGGAGAAUUUAAAUCAAUUAAAGACAUUCCUGAACCUUUGAUCCAUAAUCAUGAGAGGAAUGGCCUACCUCGUUUGUCAUCAUACAGUGAACCAGAAAUAACAAAAAGAUUGAAGACAUACUUCAAAUUCUUCAUUGUUAGAGAUCCCUUUGAAAGACUUAUUUCUGCAUUCAAAGACAAAUUUCUAAAGAAUCCUCGAUUUGAACCAUGGUACAGACAUAACAUUGCACCAGCUAUUAUUCAGAAGUAUAGAAGAAAUCGCACUGAGACUAAAGGACUACAAUUUGAUGAUUUUAUUCGCUAUUUAGGUGAUCCUAACCAUAAGUGGCUUGAUGUUAAAAUAGGAGAACCCAUUAUUCACUGGGCUACAUAUGUAGAGCUUUGUGCACCUUGUGAAAUCAAGUAUAAUAUCAUAGGACAUCAUGAAACACUGGAAAAGGAUGCUCCGUACAUUUUAAAGAAAGCAGGAAUGAGUAACUUGGUAUCCUAUCCCCCAAUUCCACCAGGUAUUACAGCAUACAACAGAACCAAGGUUGAGCAGUAUUUUUCCGGAAUCGGCAAACGAGAAAUAAAACGCCUUCAUGCUCGUUUCCAAGGAGAUUUCAAACUGUUUGGUUACGAUGAACCAGAGUUUUUGUUAAACUAACUUAGCCAAGUACACGGCAUAUUCGGGGUACAAUGAAUAUUUACAUUUCUCUUUGGGAUUUUCUGUUAAACACUGGACAUUUUAAUGCUAUCACCAGCAGAGGUCAGUGAAGGCACGUGGAGUGAAAGAAAGCUUGAAACAAUAGCUUAAUACAUGCAUGUAUGCAGUAAUAAAUGAACACAAGAAUAACAAUAUCUUGGGCAUUUUAGAAGUAGAUCAGCAGUAGUUUAAUGCACGGAACUCAACAAAAGAAUAUUUCAGGCAUUCAAAAUAGUGUAGUGAAAAUAUUUCCAAGGACAAGUAUGGUAGAAGGCAAUUGCUAAACAGCAUAUGAUUUGGAAAGUAAUACUGUAAAUGUCUUUUGACCCCAGGUGCUCCUACAGAACUAAGUUGAAUUGUUGCUGUCACACACAUAACAGCCGUAGUACAGGCAAAGUAAUUUUCCUGUGAUUUAUUUGAUUUAGUUGAAUCUAGGUGUAAACAUUGGAAAAGUCUUUUAAUACAAUAGACAAUAAAAUCUGCUCAUUUAAAGUUACAGUAUCCAUUUUUAGGGGUGUCUAUUUUUCAGUUUUAUUAAUUAUCUAGGUUAUAUUGGUACUUUUGGUAUACUUAAUUUCAAUUCCUUCCUGGCAAACAGAUGACUUGAAUGAGCAGUAGUUUUACUUUCUUCCUUUUGGGGUGGAGAGCUCACCACUGCAAUGACUAGGGUUUGAUGGAAAUUGCUGAAUAAUACAGUAAAAAAUUUGGAAAGAUGGUGAACCUUGAAAGACAUGCAUCACGCAUCCAACUGAUAAAUUAAGCUACCCGCAACGGUUAUUUAUAAACGUUUAUGUCAACCAACUGAUAAACGCAUUAUGUAACAUUAAAAAGUAAUAUCACAAAAAACAGAUUUUAUUAUAUUAACUACUUUGAAGAACAUGCAUUUGAGCUUCCAUGCAUCAUGAUUCUGAUAUUCUAGUGUGCUCCUAAUGCAAGGACCAUGUCUAAAAGCAAAUAGUCAUUUGGUAGUACAGAAGUUGGAUAUCGCUGAAGAAAAGACACAUUUUGUCAAAGUUUUUUGUCAUGCACUUAUCUGUGUAUCUCACAAGAAUACCAAUCCAAGGGGGUAAAUAAAUAUUUGCACUGCAUAAAAGAAGAGUGUUGAUUGAUUACCAAGUGGACUCUGAUCAGUAGAGGAGUAGCCAUGGAGAAUGCACCAAUUAUAAUGAUUGAAGGUUAAUUGCCAGGCUUUGUUCUAAACAAGGCAGGUUGACUCUGGUUGAUCAAACGUUGAGAAAUGAACCAGUAAGUGGCUGUCACCUAUUUUAUUGAGUAGAAAUAAUUGCAGUACACGUUCGUGUUGUAUGCAAUGAUAUGGGGUUCCCCCUCCUUGUAUUGGUACCGUUGCAAAUUGUCCUGACAAGUGCAAGACAAAAACUUUUGACCAAAUUUGUCUCAAUAAGCAAUAUUCACGUAAGCAUUUGUCCUUCAUGAAUAUUUUUAAACUAGUUCACAAAAUACAUACGGAAAUGUUUUAACCUCUUGGUUGUUAGGACUUUUUCUUCCCAAAAUGUAUUAUUUUUGUAUCUAUAGAGAAAUGUUGUAUUAUGUAAGUGUACUAUUUCAGUGGUGAAAACAGCCUACUUUCAUCUCAAUCUAUACCUGUCUGCAGCUGAAAUGCUUAUCCAUUCCUAUGCCAUCUCCAGACUUGACUAUAACAGUGGGUAUCUGGUUAACAUCCAAUCCUCCAUUCUCUGAACAGUUCAACUAAUUCAAAAUCUCUGUUGUCAAUAUUCUGUCCAGGUAAUGUUCUGGGGGCUCGGGUUUGAAUCCUGCCAUGGCAGAUGGUGGAAUAAACAUUCUGGAAUUAAAA